UUCACUUUUUUGGCCUUUCCCUCCAUUUUGGGGCGAUUUGGGCCGAUUUGGGUCACCGGAGGUGAUUUCUGGCAAGACUCCGGCGAUGCUCUGACGACGACUCUAUUGCCUUCCCCUCAUCACCCCCUACACCUCUACUUGUGUCUCUAGGUUUGAUUGCCCUUUACCUUGUGAAUUGUGGAGAAUUGGGUGUUAGGGUGUGUAUUUAGGGAACUUCAUUGAAUCUUGUCAUUUGAUUGAAAUUGAUUGAGGGGAAGGCUUGGUUUAUGUGUGGAUUGUGUUGGCCAAUGUUCCCCUUGCUUGAUUGAGCCCUUGUGUGCUAGGAAUUUGCCCAUUCUUUGCUUAACAUAAAAGUGCACACAAGGUGUUUGAUAAAAUGCUAGUUUUUCAUACCAUGUUGUGAGAGCCGGUUGGGGCCCUUAAUGAUGUGUUUUGAUGGUGUGUUUUCUAUGGAUGUGAACCUUAAGUUUCCUACUUUAUUGUGAAUGUGCAUCCCCGCCUUGAUUGAUUUCACCCCGAACUAUGGAUGAAACUAUGGUUCGGCUGUUUUUCUGCUAUUAAGUGUGGGGGUGUGAUUGACCGUUCCUGUGGCUAUUUUGGCUCCACGUUGGUUUGAUUUCUUGAAGGACCAUGUCGAAACCAGAUCUUAAGCAUCGAUUUAUCCGUGAUUUGAAGAGGGGCCUCCACAAGGAUCGGUUUAAGCGCGCCCUGGCAUCUAAGUUUGGGAGGCAUCACUAUUGGUCCAGGAGGGAGUUUGAGACGCUAAAUUGCUACGAGCACUUCCUCGCUAUAGCCACCAACCGCACAUGGUGCCGGCUGUUGUCUGUUCGCGUGAAGGUCUACCAUGAGCUAGUGGUAGAGUUCUACACGACCUUUCAGCACGAAGAGACCACCGACUGGGCGAACAACGAAACCGUCAAGUUCGGGCUAGGCGGUGAGCCCCGCUCCAUGAGCUACCAUGACUUGGCGGUUUCUCUCGACCUCGACAUGGUCGAUGUCAAGGAUUAUGUCACCGAGCUCACUAAUCCAGACGGUGUAUCCUUAAAGGCUUUGUACACCCGGCUAGCUCAGGCCGGUCAGAACCCCUUCCAUGUGGGACGGACGAAGGCUAGCACCUUGCAGCUCGAGAACCGCAUACUCCACCACUUGCUCGCGAAGUCCUUCACUCCAUCGGGGGAAAGUUCCAGCACCCUGACCAGGCGAUCCAUGUACUUCAUCCACUCCAUCCGCACGGCGAACCAUGAUCUCCAUCUGGAUUCUGUGGUUGCAAGGACUCUGGACAAGAGUGAUAUUACUCUGGGGGCCCUCCACUGCACCCCACUCAUCACCCUCCUGGCAGCCUAUUUCCAGAUCCCCUACCAGGAUUGCACAAAGCAGGGGGACACUUGUGUCUUCGGAGAAGACACGAUCUCAAAGAUGCACCUGCUGUGAGUCGAGCGUGGCGUCAAGUGGAUUGAGGGGUUUCCCAUUCCACCCCUCCCUGCGGAGGAUCAACCCGCAGUUCCUGAGGAUGUCCCCGAUGAUGUGGACGCUGCUGCCGCCCACACCGCCCCUUACCAGACCACAUAUGAGCAUGGGG